AUCUCGACCAGGUACCGUUAAGGCCAACUUCUUCAUUCAGUAUUUCAAGAUUGUUCAUCAAAAUCCUGGCCUGCCUUAGAGGGUUAGGGAGUUAGUUUAGCCGCUCUCGGCUAUGCUCCCAGACGUUGCAAUCAAUGCUUCUUAGCCUUCUUAGCCAAGGGCAACUUGGGCUAGGCGUUGCCCACUUAUGCUCUCCGAUCUGCGCUGCCAGUAGUGGCUAGGUUAGGGUCAGUAAUUAAAUAGAUACCUUCUAACUACAUGGAGAUCCGGACUGCCCGGAACGGAGCCAGAGUACGGUAGUUGAUAAGUCCGCCGCUACUGACCAUCGGUAGCCGACGGAGCACCGGAUUAUGGACCAAUGAAUGCAUCUCAGCCCGGAGUCAAAUGUAACUGAUAUAAAAACACGGUAUUCAAUCAUUCCUUCCGUCUCACGCGUGCAUGUAACUCCCAGCUAUUUGUGCAAUCGGCAAUCGGCAAACGAAACGAAAUGUAUGAAAUGCAACCACCCGACGGUGAACCACAAGUUCGGUUCAUCGUCACCUGUCCUCACGGCGGAUCUACAUUUCUCAUGACAAUCUUCCAAAAUCAUCCACUCUGCGCAGUUACAGACGCUUCUGCCCCUCAAUACCUCAGUCUAGAAGACCUGUCCCACCAUAGCGCCUUCACCAAUAGCUUAGCAUUGAUGAUACCACGGGAUGACAAGCAUGAGAUGCUCUUUACCCCCUCGCCGUAUGCAAGGGCUCGACCAAUUAUAUUAAUUCGUGAUUCCAUUCGAGUAUUCGACGAUUGGAAACAGAUAGGAUGGGGGGAUCCCAAGAGUUUGAUCAAAUAUUAUACCACGAUGUUCCCAUUGCUAAGCCGCGCUCCUGCAAACACUGCAUCAAGCCUCCUCUACGAAAAACUCACCCAAGCCCCGCGGGAGGGAGUCCAGCACAUUUGCCAACAUUGGGGCGUACCGUUCUCAGAGCAAAUAUUCGCAUCCACCGAGAUAGACACACCAUACCACGGACUCCCAUCCAACAUGGAGAAAACCGAAAAUUGGGGAGCAGAGUCCACCACCCAGCUACAGGCCGUGUUUGCGGGGCGAUCCCGGGUCGGCUUCGACCUCGACGACACCCUGCACGAAUUCCGCCGCGGCUCCGGAAACGCCGUUGACCAAAGUCCUCGGCGUUAUCUCUGCGCGACACAACAUCCCCGCCACAUCGCUAAAGACGGAGGUAAUUUUUCCCGCCGUGCUGGCGCAUUUCGAGGUCCCCCCCACGACAGCGACAGCGACAGCGGCUUCACGGCCGAGAUCCAGGAGCUGUGCGAAGCGCCGCUAAGCCAAUCUCUCGAACCGAAGUGCGGUGCCUUGAGCUUACCUAUUGAUGCGCAGGAGAGGACGGUGCAGAGGCUCGACAUUGGCGGGUACGUUGACUUCAUCGCGCCGACGAACCGGUUUGGCGUGGCGAAGACGGGCGGGCUGUUUGCUAGGGUGUUGAAGUAUUUUGGGGAUUGA